AUGGAGCUCUCGGAGCCACCGGGCAGGGCUCCAGGUCAGCACCGUCCGCAGCGGCCUCGGAGGCGGUGCCCGAGGAGCCCCAGCGUCGCCCGUGGGACUCCCGUCGAGAACGCAGGAGCGCUGCCCACCGCCAACCGCACGCUCGGGCCCCUGCCGACCCGCGAGUUCCCUGCAAACGUCGCCAAGGGACAGGAGAGGCCACGGCGCCGUCCCGGAGCGGAGGAGACGGGGGGCGGCCACCAACCUGCAGUCCCCGCUGUGCGGGGGAGUCGGCGACAGGAGCGCCCCAGCCUGCAGGCCUGGGCUGGGAUCCAGGGCCGCUGGCUGGCCGUGCUGGUGUGGGAAGGGGGUUCCGCGGCGCUCAGGGAGCUGGGGACCGGGGGCUGCUUCCCAGAAUUUCUGGCCCCACUGAGAGCGUGGGGCUAUAAGAGGGACGGGUGGGCACGGGGGGGGGCAGAUGCGCCAGAGCCCGGCCCCGCCAUGACCCCAAGCCACAGCUCCAACAGCCCUACCCUUGUCCCCCUGCUGCUGGCCGCGCUGCUGGGCGGCCCAGCCCUGGCCUCGGAGAUCGUGGGGGGCCGUGCGGCCCGGCCCCACGCAUGGCCCUUCAUGGUGUCCCUACAGCGGCGUGGAGGCCACUUCUGCGGGGCUACCCUCAUCGCCCCCAACUUCGUCAUGUCGGCUGCCCACUGCGUGGACGGUCUGAACUUCCGGUCGGUGGUGGUGGUCCUGGGGGCUCAUGACCUGGGGCAGCGAGAGCCCACGACACAGUCAUUCGCCAUCCGGCGGGUCUUCGAAAGCGGCUUCGACCCGCAGAGGCUGCUGAAUGACAUCGUGAUCCUCCAGCUCAACGGGUCGGCCACCCUCAACAGGAACGUGCAGUUGGCCAGGCUGCCUGCCCAGAAUCAAGGCGUGGGCAGUGGGGUCCCGUGCCUGGCCAUGGGCUGGGGCCAGCUGGGCACGGCCCGGCCACUGGCCAGGGUCCUGCAGGAGCUCAAUGUGACCGUGGUGACCACACUCUGUCGCCGCACCAACGUCUGCACGCUGGUGCCCCGCCGGCAGGCUGGCAUCUGCUUUGGGGACUCCGGCGGGCCCCUGGUUUGCAACGGGCUCGUCCAGGGCAUCGACUCCUUCAUCCGCGGGGGCUGUGGCUCCGGGAUCUACCCAGACGCCUUUGCUCCCGUCGCCCAGUUUGCAGACUGGAUAAACUCCAUCAUCCGCCGCCGGGACGACCGGCCGCCUGUCCACCCACGGGACCCGGCCAGCAGGACCAUCUAG